GGCGCCUCCACUUUGUUUGGUCCGCACACUCUUAACGCAUAUAUUCAACAAUACAGUCAAUUGGCCACUAAUUUAGCCAAAGGUGUGUCAGUAUCCGCCGGACCCACAGAACCAAAUCUAUUACAAUCGCAAAUAUGCCUAAAACCGGGCGUUAUAUACGACGGCUCGCCUUUUGGUAAGAGGUUCGGCGACGUUGUGACCGAUGCCAACGACCGGUACAGUCCGGGCGCGACCGUCAAAGUGACUUUUGUGGCCGCAAAUCCACGAAACGAUUUAAAAUCUGAGAGCACUUUCCUGGCCGUCGAGAAAUUGAUUGCCAACACUUCUAACUGGAGUCUUAUCGCAACCGAUGCCAACUGGGAGACCAGAUUUUAUUGGCGCCGAACCAACACUUUCUUCGGCGAGAGUGAAGUCGACAUUGUUUGGGAUAUUCCUCGAGAUAUAGAGCCGGGAAAGUAUCGCAUCAGACAUUACGGCAACAGUAAGAAUCUGAUGCAAACCAUUAAAGCAUACAUUGGGACGUCGAGAACUUUCGACAUAAUUCAUCAAAAUAUCUAG